UUUCUGUUAACGCUUUUAUUUAUUUUUUCCGCAACGACUUUAAAUAAGCUUUAAUUAUAAAAUUUUAAUGCUUAACGUGUACACACAGCUGUGUUCGAUUCAAAGUGCCUUAAAAGCUGUAAGCAAGCAGCUUGAAAAUAUAUAAAAAUAACAACACCAACAAAAUCCAAUUGUGUAAUUUACAUGCAAAUGUCGUUGGUACCUGCUGGCCAACAACAACAACUCCGAUACCAACAACAACAAGCCAACAGCAGCAGCAGCGUGUCUUCGCUUCAUAUACAACGCCACGGAAAUGCCACUGAAAUUCUUUAAAAAAUGUCGACAAUAUAAUGUGACGUCCAAAAAUCUAUUUGUUAUAAAUGUGCAUCAUUUGCUAGAUGUUUCGAGCACCGUUGACUGCACCAUCAGCUCGGAGAGCAAGGGCCAGGAGUGCCUGGAUAAUGUCUGCCAACGGCUCUACAUCCAGCAGCCGGAAUUCUUUGGCCUGCGCUAUUUGGUCAAGGACAAGGAGGACGAAUACAAAUGGCUCGAUCUGGAGCGUUCACUUAGCCGCCAGCUGCUCAAAUAUGCCGCCGACAACAAGAUGUAUCUGCGCGUGCGUCACUAUGUGACGACGGGCGUGCGGCACCUGAACGAUGAGGCGACGCGUUUCUAUUACUUUCUGCAGCUGAAGAGCGACAUCUACGAGGGACGCAUUGCGUGCGACAUACGGACGGCCAUACUGCUGGCUCUAUAUUGUCGCCAGGGUGAAUAUGACAGCAGCUAUCAGAGCGACAAGCAGUCGAAGGACUAUCUGAAGAAGUCCCUGGUGCUGCCGCGCAACAUGCAGGGGCUGGCCAACGACGACAGCAUGCUGGAGGGCCUGAUCAUGGAGGUGCUGCAGCAGCACUCGGGCAUUGUCCAUCUCAAUCAGAGCCAGGCGGAGGAGAUGUAUAUCCAGUGCUGCCAGCAGCUGGAUGGGUAUGGCGAGGAGCGGUUCGCGGCCAAGGAUACGCUGGGCAACGAUCUGCAGCUGGGCUUGGCCAUCAAUGGAAUGGUCGUGAAUGCGGACAAUGGCCGGCAGUAUUUCCCCUGGAAGGAGUUCCAUACGGUGACCAUCGAUAAGCGCACCAUUAAGAUCGAGCAGAAUAAGCUGGACGGCGAUGGGAGCAUUGUGGGCAGCUUCAUCUUCAGCGAGGCGGAUACGGCACGGUAUUUCUGGAAGCUGUGCAUCAUGCAGCACAAGUUCUUCAAGCGCUACAUCGACACGGACACGCCCUCGAGCCUGGGCAGCAGCGUGGGCCCGGACAUGGAGAGCAACAACGGGAAUACGCUGGGCGGCGACAGUGUGGGCUAUGUGGAAUAUGAUUAUGUGGCGGCUGCAGAGCAACAACAGCAGCAGCAGCAGCAGCAGCAACAUCAACAGCAGCAUCAGCAGCAACAACAGCAACAGUUGCAACAGCAGCAUCAACAACAGUUGCAGCAUCAGCAGCAACAGCAACAGUUGCUCUCGUCCAAUAUAUCGCUAGCCGCCAGCCAUAGCCACAGCCAGUUGCUGGGCCAGAGCAGCAGCUGCUUGGAUCUGAGCAACAACAAUUUGCUCAGCAGCAACAGCAUGCUGCACCACAAUAGCAACAUCAAUGGCGGCAGCAGCGCGGACACACACGAACGCGAACGCCUGAAGGCCAUGCUGCCCACGUAUCGUCCGGCGCCGGACUAUGAGACGGCCGUGCAGCUGAAAUAUCGCACGCCCUCCGCCGAUCUGCACAAUGUGACGCUGGCCUUGGCCACGCCGGGCAAUGCGGCCGCCUAUUAUGCCGGCUCGCAGCCGGAUGUUCACAAUCCGGCGGUUUAUGGCGAGAAUUUGCUGUUCGGCCAUCACUUGACGGCGGCGCAUCGCUAUCCGGACGUGGCGCAGCCAGCGGCUGCAUUGCAUGCCCAUCAUCAUCAUCUGAACUUCUAUCAGACCCAGCAGCAGCAACAGCAGCAGCAGCAACAACAGCAACAACAACAACAACAACAGCAGCAGCAGCAUCAGUCACCCGCUGCCUAUUUGGAGCUGUCACAGCGGAUGCACAUGAUGCGACACAAGGCGCCGCCGCCGUAUCCCGUGAAUCGUUUGAGCUCCUCAUCGACGCCGGAUCUGGCUGUGGCCACGCCACGCCCACUGCAGGGCUAUCGCAACUAUGUGUCGGGCUCGUCGCCCGAUCUCGUCUCCAAUCGCACACUGCUCAAUGGCGGCCAAUUUGUGGCGCUCACCGCCGCCGCCGGCGGCAUGCACGGCAAUGUGCCGACAUCCUCGGGAGCGACAAUGCUGCAUCAGUAUCCGUAUAUUGGGCACAUGGGCCACUCGCAGCCAUAUCUGCCGCCGCACGGCACCUUCGAGAACCUCAACAUGAUCGAGGAGCAGCCGUCCAUAAUGUCCCAGCUGCGCCAGUCGGCGAUGAGUCAGGCCGCCGCUGCGGCCGCAGCUGUGCAGAGCUCGCCCACUUUGCCGCCCAGUGGCUAUCGCAGCUCGGCACCGCCGCCAGCCACCAGCAGUCCGCAGCCGGUGGCCACGACGCCGACGCCGUUGCAGCGCAGUGCGAUGAACGGUUCCAUUGAGCCCAUCUAUGAGAAUGUGCCGCUGCCGCAGCGAGCCAGUGGCAGCAGCACCGGCGGCAGCAAUGCCAAUGCGGAUGCCAUGCGUCAACGCGCCUCCUCCAUACAGUCAGCGCCGCCGGGCGCCGUCGCGCCAGUGCCAGCCGCACGGCAUGCCAACACCAAAUCCUCCAGCAGCAGCAGCAGCAACAACAACAAUAACAACAACAACGUGGUGACGGUAACGGUGAAUGCCCAGCCGGACGAUGAGAUUACUCGGAAUAUUAAGAAAUAUGCGGGCGCGGAUCGCGCUGCGAGCACGGAGCUGCAGUUCCUGGAGCCACAGGCGCCGCAACGUGCGGCUCGGGCGGCCAGCGCAGCGCCCGCCAUUGGAGCCACAGCACCGCCGCGCCAACAUCGCUCGACGGCCAGCCUGAACAAGUCGACGGUGGAUGUGAUUUCGCCGACGGGCGACGGGCUGCUCCAGCAGCAAUUUAGUGCCAUGAAUCUGUCUGCCAACACAUCGGCGUCCACAUCCUCGAUGUUCAACUCGACGCUGGACACCACCGGCUCGUCGUCGGCCAGCAAGGAUGUGAAGCGUCGCCGUCGCUGGAACAUUCUGUCGCGCAGCAAAACGCCCGACAAACAGAAGUCGGCGACAUUGGGCCGCGAGAAGGCCAGCAGCUCGGCCGCGCAGCAGGCCAAGCUGGCCACGAAAAUGAAAUUGGCCCAGGACGAUCUCAAUCUCAAUGCGCAUCGUUGGUCGACAGGCGUCAGCAAGCCGCAGCCCAUAUCGGGGCAGUAUUCAAAGGAUAAAUUGUGCCAGAUCUUGAAUGAUAAACUGCAGGAUUCGCAGCUCUAUUUGGAGUUCGAGCGCAUACCGAAGAGACGCGAGCAUGCGCAAUAUUCGUGCGCCUUGCUCGAGGAGAACGAGCCGAAGAAUCAUGAUCCCAAUUUUCUGCCAUACGAUGAUAAUCGCGUGCGUCUAACGCCAUCGAGAGAUAAUCGCCAUGGCUAUGUGAAUGCCUCAUAUAUAUCGGCCACCGUUGGCACGAAGCAGCGUUUCUAUAUCGUCGCCCAAUCACCCCAGGAGUCGCAAACGAUGCGUAUCUUCUGGCAAUGCGUGUGGGAGGCGGACGUUUAUUUGGUGGUGCAGUUAACGGAGGACAUGAGCUACAUACCGCUCAGCACGCAACAGUGUAUGGAGUUUGGAAAUUUUCAGGUCUUUCAGGAAUUCUCACAAACUACGGACCGUUGCACCACCAGCAAGCUGAGUUUAUAUCAUGUACCGUCGCGUCGCUAUCGUUCCGUGUGGCAUCUGAAAUACGCCGAUUGGGCCGAACAGAAUUGUCCACGUGAUGUCAAUCAUUUUCUGGACUUUCUCGAGGAGCUCAAUUCGGUGCGUUUGGCAUCGACAAACGAGGUGCCGCCGGGACACAAUACAAAUCCUCCCGUGCUCAUACACUGUCUGGAGGGAGGCGGGCGUUCGGGCGUGACACUGACUGCCGAUCUACUGCUCUAUACACUGGAUCACAAUGAGGACUUGGAUAUACCGCGCGUCAUCGGCCAGCUGCGGCAUCAGCGGGACAAAAUCAUACCAUCGCUGGCGCAGUACAAGUUCAUCUACAAUCUGCUCAUCACCUAUUUGAAGCGCACCCGUUUAAUUUAAGUGGCAGCGAAAUUUCAGCGGCAACUAAUUCCCAACAAGGGGCUCAGUUCAGCUCUAAAUAGUAUUUGAAAUAUUUAAGCCUUUUUUAACCUAUGAAUAACGAGUGAACGAA